AUGGCGAUUACAUCGAGAGUGGACCAGGAGGAGGAACUCUUGGACGAGGAUGUGGAGGGGGACCCAGAGACCGAGGAUGACAAAGAGGCCAGAGAUGCAUGCAACUGUGCUUCGCCUGCUGCUAUGUCACUACUCCUGCUGGAUGAGACAGCCGGAGACCUGCCUGUCAGAGACAGCAGCCCGAAGCCCUCAGUGAUCACAGCUAUUCAAGAUGUGUCAGCCAUUGCUCGUCCCACGAAGGCCCGUGGGGUGAAGACCCGGAUGAGAGAGCCAGUGGCAUGGACACGGCAGCAUGUGAGCCAGAUGAACCGGGCAGAGCUGGAGGAUGGGUUCCUACGUCUACAUGACGAGAACCUGGUGCUCAAGGAGUUUGCCUGCAAGCAGGAGUACAGGAUCAAGAGGUACCAGCAGGGCCCCAUGAAAGCCAUCACCCUCACCGUUAGGAUCCUAGGCUCCCAGAGACAUGGUGGGGCAGAGGUGGGUAUGCAGGGCUUGCAGAAGUUGGGCACUAAGCUGCUGAGACGUACUCAUGAGCGGGCACAAGUUGAGGGCCAGCUAGGUGCCAGGGCCAGGUGGUCAGGCCAGGACCUGGAGGAGUCCUUGGAGGAACUGCAGGAGCGGGUGUGGAACCUGGAGCGACGCAAUGAGGGGCUGCGGAGUCGUCUGCUAUCCUACAAGCAGCAGCUGCAGCUCCACGGGUGCAGGCGCCACUGGCCCUACAGCUACGUCCAACCCCGGGUGGACACCGGACUCCGGCAGGUUCACACCGCAGGCGGGAGGGUGACUGAGAGACAUCACAGAGGACAGAUGGACUGUGGGUCCCCUGCAGGGAUUGCUGCCCUAGCUCAAGCCACCCACUGCUCCCCUUGCAGAGCCGCCAUCCGGGGGAACGUGGAGCUGAUCCGGCUGCAGCGGCUCCUGGGAGAGCGGAGCUGCGAGCUGGCCGUGACCAGAGGCCGAUUCACUGACCUGCAGGAGGCGUAUGAGAGCCAGCUCCAGCAGAACCAGGAGAUGUUGCGAACCAGCAGUGAGGCCCUCCUGGCCCAGGUGGAGGAGCUCACUGUGCAGCUGAAGGCGGAGACGCAGAAGGUGUUGGCGUUGGAGAGCAAAGUGGAGAGCAUCUCAUUCCUGCAGGGGGCGCUGGAGGAGUUUCAGGAGAGAAUCAGGUCCCUGGAGAAGGAGCGAGACCUGUUGAAAGAGGAUUAUGAUAAAUUGCUGGAGAGCAGUCUGGCCUGUGAGCAGCGGCAUGGGAACAUCUCACGGCUGGAGGAGCAGCUGAGCUUGGAGCUGGCAGAGAAGAGAGGGCUGAUGGAGGAGCUGGCGCAGGAGAGAGCUCGGAGUGAGGAGCUGAAGCAGGAAGUGGAGAGGGGGAACCAAACUCCAGAGCAGAAGCCUGAUCUGACCCUGUCCCAGCCCCCCUGCCUUGAUAGGCUCCCCACCGAGACUGAGCAGGAGGCGCUGUUCACCCAGCGGAGCCUGAGCCGGAGACGCCAUGAGACAGAAGCUGCCCAUGCUGACACCAUCUUGGAGCUGGAGAAAACCCGGGACAUGCUGAUCCUACAGCAUCGCAUCAACCGGGACUAUCAGGCCGAGCUGAAAGGUGUGAUGGUGCAGGCUGAACAGGAGAAGAGGGGACAUGAGGAAAAGCAGCAGAAAAUGGCGCAGCUCCUGGAUCUGCGCAGCACCCGCAUCCGCCAGCUGGAGGAGCAGCUGAAGGAUGUGGCCUAUGGGACGUGGCAGCUCCCACUCCUGUGGACUGAGGGUGAUGUGGAUGUGGAGGAGGUCAAGGCCCCCGUGCUGCGGCGUGGUGAGAACCUGUUUGAGCUGCACAUUGCAGGGGCAGUGCUGUCAGGGGAGGCACUGCAGCUGCUGGGGGAAGUCCAGCCCAUCACCUUCUGCACCUAUGCCUUCUAUGACUUCGAGACACACUGCACACCGGUGGUGCGAGGGGCCCGGCCCCGCUACAGCUUCACGUCUCAGUAUGUGAUACAGGCUGAGCCCCUCUUCCUACAGUACCUGCAGAGAGCUGCCGCCCGCCUAGACCUGCACCUGGCCACGGCUACUGACCACAGCACUCUGGCUUCCUGUUGGCUGCGCUUCCGGGAGGUUCUGGGGAGCGGGGAGCGCAUGCAUGCCACAGCGAUGCUACAUGGUCCGAGCGGUGAGAACUACGGGAUGCUGGAGUAUUGGAUGAGGUUGUGCCUGCCCAUGGAGCAGACCAUGCGGCUACACUGCGAGCGCACCAAGGCCUUGGGCUACUUGUCAGCCUGCAUGCCCCAGGCCAGAGCUACCCAGCAGAGCAGGCAACAGGACAAGGAGGGGGUCCUGGAUGCUGAGUGGCUGUGGAAUGAACUGCAAGUGCAGAUUGUAGGCUGCACGGGCCUGCGGGGUCGCUGGCUCAACACCCAGCCCAGCCCCUAUGCCAUGUACCGCUUCUUCACCUUCCCUGACCACGACACGCCCAUCAUCCCCUCCAGCAACAACCCACACUUUGGAGACCUGCGGACCUUCCCCAUGCGCUCCACAGCUGAACUCAACCGCUAUCUGCGUCUAGAGAGCCUCUGCGUGUACAUCUUUGAUGAUGAGGAUACAGAGCCAGGCAGUUACUUGGGCAAAGCACAGAUCCCCCUGUUGCCUCUGGCACACGGGCACUGUAUCACAGGAGAUUUUGUCCUCACCGACCCAGCUGGGCACCCCAAUGGCUCUAUCAGCCUGAGCCUGGAGUGGAAGCAUCGGUACCUGCCCCCGGGGGCCGCCCUGCACCAAGCAGCCUGGGCCAGGAAACACCAGCGUGAGAGACCCUUGGAGCAGCUGAUUGAGGAAGAAAGGGCUGCACUACACAACCAGGCCCGGCUUGCUCCCAGCAUCUCGCCAUCGGAGCCUGAGGGCCAGAGGAAGAAGCUCCAUAUCUUGGCGGUCAAGGCUGAUGGAUGCAGGGGAAAGGGGGGAAGGUGGAAUGGGGAAGCCAGUAGUCAGACUCAGCCUAAUCCAGUGCCAGCAUCCAGUGGCUACACCCUGGAGGAGGGAGAAGAGGUGGCUCCGGUGGGAGAUACCGCCGAGGGGACACUGGAGGGGAAGGAGGCCCAGGCUGGCGAGGAGGAAGCAGAACACUCAGCUAAGGACGCUGAAACCUCUGCCAGGACCCAGCGCUUGGAGCCCAAAUCCCUUGCACUGGACGUAGGCUCUGCUCCUGAGGACAUGGCCCCCGAGGAGGCCGGUGAGCCAGCGCUGGAGAGCAGCAGCGAUGCACAGACCACAGACAGUGAUGAGAUUGUGGUGGGGACCAGCCUGGGGAGCCCUCCAAAGGUGGACGUGGAGCGGAUCCACAUUGAGAUUGUCUCUCUGAGUCUGCACCCUGAGGCUGAGGCCAUGGCCAGUGAGCACAUCCAGCAGCUGUACGUGGAGUACCACUUCCCAGGGGUGCCCCUGGCUGAGACGGAGACCCCCCUCUCCCUGCGCAAGCCCCUGGGCGGCGAGGAGAUCUACUUCCACUUCAGCAAGGUGAUUCAGCUGGACCCAGAGGGGGUGAGCAGCCAGCGGGAAAUCCUCUUCUCCAUGCUGCAGGCCGAGGAGGCAGGGCAGAGCUGGCUGCAGUUCGUGGUGGUGAGCGAGCCCCUGCCUGGGACAGGAGGCGAGUGUGAGGACGUGGGCUUUGCCUACAUAGACCUGCGUGAGAUCCUGCUGACAGGCAACGACGUGCUGGAGCAUGACCUCGAUGUUGUCAGCCCUCAGGACCGCUCUGCCAUCGGGAGGCUGAAGGUCUCUGUGGAAGCAGCUGCUGCCCUCUGCGCCAUCUAUUGGGAAGGGAGACGAAAGGCUGAGGAGGAGGAAUGAAGGACCCAUCAGCUCCCACAAGGCAUGCAAGGACUUGGCACAGUAAGGUUCAAAGGGGGACCUCCCCCCACCUCAAAGCUCA